AACAACAGGAAUCACAUCAAGCUAUAACAACAACAACAACAACAACUACUACUCCAUCCCCCUUUUCCCCCUCCCGACGGAGUGUGUGUGAAUCUCUCCUUCGCGUGCUUCAUUUACUCUCUCUGGCUGUCUCCGCUCGUGGGUGUGUGUGUGUGUGAGUGUUUUUACUGCGCGCGUGUGUGUGUGUGUGUUUCUGUUCUCUGUGUGUAACAAGGAAAAAUGGAACAGCCGAGCAUACUCGUAAAAAUUCUGCAUUCAAUACCACAUGUGAAUUACACAUUUCGCCGGGUUAAUGACACCUUCAAUCCGGAUAGCGAUGUUUACCUAGAGAGCCUGGGUAUACUUGCCUCAAUACCCGCCGGAUUGCUUAUACUAUCAUUAUUGGGUCUGCUACUAUAUCUACUGACAAGAUGCUGCGAUCGAAAACAACGCAAACCAAGUGCCCAAAGGUGUCAGAGUUGCUCCUUGGUCAUCAUAACCCUGAUGACCUGUGCCGCCAUCGGACUAGGUUUAUAUGGUAAUGAUGAUUUCCAUAAUGGUCUGCUGCAGGCCUUCAGCUCUGGCAAGAAUGUGGAGGGACUUGUUCUAACACUUAAGCGACAGACUGAAAGUAUUAAGCAUGAUUUGGACACAAAGAUGACAUCCCAUAAAAUCGAACAUCUAGUUGAGAAGCCUCAAUACAAUGAGACGGUUGUAUUGCAAUUGCUUGAGACAUCCCGUGUGGUUAGAGAGACCACUUCGAGAGCUGUCACCUCGCUGGAUAACAUGGUCCUGUAUUUCAUGAAGACCAAGGGCAGUGAGAAUGAUACUUCGCUAAUGGGUCUGCUUUCUCUGGGUGAAUUUUACGAGUCCAUACGUUGGCCAGCCACAUUGGCCUUUUUAACCAUUUUACUGCUACUCUGCACUGUUCUGGUUAUUGGUGUCGCCCGACGAUCACGUUGCACAUUGAUUUUCUUCAGUGUAUCGGGUCUAUUUUGCAUUAUCAUCUGUUGGCUGCUGGCUGGACUUUAUUUGGCUUCCAGUGUGGCUGCCGGGGAUUUCUGUAUGCGUCCACAUGAAUAUAUGUGCCGUCAAGUGGGCAUGCGGAGUCCAUAUGUUUAUUUCCUCAAUUGUGGCACCCUGCGCAAUCGUUUCAUAUUGCGUCUCAAUGAAUCACGAGAUUUGGUGGAUCGUGCCCGAGAGAAUGUAGACACUAUGCAACGUAUGAGUCAGGAGACUUAUCCUCGUAUCGAUGUACAGCGGACACUGAACGCCAUGGACUCGGAUCUCGAAGAGACGAGACGCAAUUUGACAACACUCUCAGCCACGCUGGAUAGACGGGCCAUCGAUCGACACUAUGAGGAUGCCUUGCGUGGCUUGUGCGGUGGCGGUUUGUUAGGUCUCAGUUUGAUGAUGGUCGCUGGCCUAUUGACGGCAUUUCUAUUAACCAUAUUGGUGUAUGCCGAUUCUCAUGCCUGGAUCUAUUUGAGUAAACGCAGACCCACCAUGGAUGCAGACAAGUCAGAGACGGCGCCUCUAUUUCCAGCAUCGAAUGCGCCAAGUGCUAGCAUUUCGCCCACUGCUCCGCUUAGUACUGGCACCAUUAAUCGUACCCUGUUGCAUCAUCAGCAGGCGCACGGUAGCUCCGGCAUGGGAGCUAUUGGCGCCUCCGGCACAUUGCCCAGUUCGGGCAGUCUAAUGGGCGGCAAUGGCGUCGGUGGAGGAGGCGGCGGCGGCGGCAAUGGCCCCUAUCGCAAUGGCACAGUGGGCCUGAGACAAGGGUUGGCAUCACCAUCAUCACAAUCAAGCCACACAUCAUCUACUACAACAACUUACAACCACCACAACC